CUGAAAAUAGGGCUGUGUUUUAAAAUUAAAAAACCUAGGAGGGUUUAGUUCACUUCCAGGAGCAAAUUCUAUUUAUAUUCCUUGCCUGUUUGGUGAAGGUUAAAGCAGCAAAUGGAUGAUUUCUGUUACUCUUGCAGCCAAGCUGGUUUGCACCUGCCCUUCCUUCGGAUUAAACCAGCAAGGCCGAGAGGAGGGUAUUGGUGUGUAGGCAGCUCAGUGUCUCUGUAUACAUUGCCCAGGCUCUUGUGCCCUGAAGAGGUCAUUCCAGCUUCGCUUUAUUUUCAAGUGAGGGUUACAUACAGCAAACUGUCUUGCUGGGCAUAAAUUCUUUUGUCUCGUGAGACAAGCAGAUGCCGCCUACUACUACUAAAGCAGCAAACAACAGAGUUUGUGAGAAGAAAUUGCUUUUGGUGUGAUUGGAGGAGCUUCAAAGAUGUCCAAAACUAACAAAUCGAAAUCUGGAUCCCGCUCCUCCCGAUCGAGAUCUGGAUCAAGAUCACGUUCCCGUUCCUUUUCCAAGUCCCGCUCCCGCUCCCGUUCUGUCUCACGAUCAAGAAAACGUAGGCUCAGUUCUAGGUCUCGUUCAAGAUCAUAUUCUCCAUCUCAUAAUAGAGAAAGGAACCACCCAAGAGUCUAUCAGAACCGAGAUUUCAGAGGUCAUAACAGAGGGUACAGGAGACCGUAUUAUUUCCGUGGGCGGAACAGAGGAUUUUAUCCGUGGGGCCAGUAUAACCGAGGAGGCUAUGGAAAUUACAGGUCCAAUUGGCAAAAUUAUCGCCAGGCCUAUAGCCCUCGCAGGGGACGGUCGCGUUCUCGGUCCCCAAAGCGGAGGUCCCCAUCACCAAGGUCUAGGAGCCAUUCUAGAAACUCCGAUAAGUCAUCUUCUGAUAGAUCUAGGAGGUCUUCAUCUUCUCGGUCUUCCUCAAACCACAGUCGUGUAGAGUCUUCCAAGAGAAAGUCUGUAAAGGAGAAAAAGUCCUCAUCCAAGGACACGCGGGCAUCACAGGCUACAGGAGAUAAUCAAGGUGAAGAUUCGAAGGAGCAGUCAUUUUCUGGAGCAGGUGGUCAGGAUGUCAAGGCAUCUGAGGGGUCAAAACCAUGGCAGGAUAUGACCAGCUAUGGGUCAGGCUCAGUUUCGAGAGCUUCUGUGCCAGAUCUUAGCCCAAGAGAGCGCAGCCCUGCCCUAAAAAGUCCCCUCCAGUCCGUUGUGGUGAGGCGCCGUUCACCUCGGCCAAGCCCAUUACAGAAGUCCAGCCCUCCACUCUCCAAUCCUUCGCAGAUGAGUUCUGUUCUACAAAGUGGCGCCUCGUUUCAGGCAGGCUCACAUCAGGGCACGUUUGAGCACAGUUCAGCAGGUUUGAGCCCAACAAGGAAGAGCCCUGUCUGUAAAAGUCCAACAGCAAUCAGUUCAAUUUAUGGUACCUCCCAGAAGGAGGAGGCAGCAGCUCCUGGUGGAGCAGCCUUCUCAAAAAGGUAUUUGGAAGAGCAGAAGACUGAGAAUGGGAAAGACAAGGAACAGAAACUAACAAAUGUUGAAAAGGAAAAAAUGAAAGAAAAAGGAAGCUUCUCGGAGUUGGGGUUAGCCGAUAGUAAAACAAAACCUGAUCCCUAUUCCUCCAAAACCGAUCCAGAAAAGUCUUAUCGUGGCAGCCAGUCACCUAAACGCUAUAAGGUUCGGGAUGAUUUUGAGAAGGUGAAGAUGGCAGAAUUCCACAAGGAAGGUCAUUAUGGCAAAGAGGAGAUGGAUGAGCAGGAGAAAAAAGAUAAGGCUAAGGGCCGAAAGGAUUCAGAGUUUGAUGAUGAGCCUAAAUUCAUGUCUAAAGUGGUGGCGACCACUAGCAAAAACCAGGAUGAGGAUAGGCCAGGAAAAUGGGAAGGUGUAGUGUUCUUGCCAUCGGCAAAAGAGAAGCAAAGGAAAACUGAGGAAGUGGAGGAGGAAACCUAUUCUGAAAGGUCUAAGAAAGAAGAGAAAGUAGCAUCCAAAAGAGGUGAAACGGGUCACAGAGGGUUUGUUCCUGAAAAGAAUUUUAGAGUAACCACUUACAAAGCAAACCAGGAGAAAAGUACUUCCCCUCCACCAAGAAAGGCCUCUGAGACCAAGGACAAACCAGGCAACAAAGGAGAUGGGCUAGCAGCGGGCAAAUCUUCCUUCUCCAUUACCCGAGAGGCCCAAGUCAAUAUCCGAAUGGAUUCUUUUGAUGAGGAUCUUGCACGUCCGAGUGGUAUAUUGGCACAGGAACGCAAACUCUGUCGCGACCUUGUACACAGCAACAAAAAGGAGCAGGAGUUUCGCUCCAUUUUCCACCAUAUUCAGUCGGCUCAGUCUCAACGAAGUCCUUCUGAAUUGUUUGCUCAGCACAUAGUGACUAUAGUCCAUCAUGUGAGAGAGCAUCACUUUGGGUCUUCAGGAAUGACACUGAAUGAGCGUUUUACUAAAUACCUAAAGAAAGGAAUGGAACAAGAUGCAGCUAAAAACAAGAAGAGCCCUGAAAUCCAUAGACGGAUAGAUAUUUCUCCCAGUACUUUUAGAAAACAUGGAUUCUCUCAAGAGGAAACGAAAAGCUCCAGAGAGCCUGGCUACAAGGCUGAAGGGAAAUACAAAGAUGACCCAGUUGACCUGCGCCUUGAUAUUGAACGUCGUAAAAAACAUAAGGAAAGGGAUCUUAAACGAGAUAAAUCAAGGGAGUCUGUGGACUCAAGAGAUUCUAGUCACUCAAGAGAGAGAUCAACGGAGAAAACAGAGAGAACUCACAAAGGGUCAAAGAAAAAAAAGCACAGGAGAGUGCGUGAACGGUCCAGGUCCAGUUCUUCAUCUUCACAGUCCUCUCGCUCCUACAAAGGGGAGGAUUACCCAGAGGAGAGUGAGGAGCGGGAGGAGAGCACCACCGGCUUCGACAAGUCCCGGCUGGGCACUAAGGAGUUUGCUGGACCUGAGAGGGGACGAGCUAGAGGGACCUUUUUCAGAGCGAGGGGACGAGGAUGGGGCAGAGGAACCUUUUCCGGCAACAACAACAACAACAACAGCGGUGGCAAUACUGAUUUCCAAAAGCGGAACAGGGAGGAGGAAUGGGACCCAGAGUACACACCCAAAAGCAAGAAGUAUUACCUGCACGAUGACCGAGAAGGUGAAGGUAGCGAGAAGUGGGUGAACCGGGGCCGCGGCCGAGGUGCUUUCCCCCGGGGAAGAGGCCGCUUCAUGUUCCGGAAAUCAAGCACAAGUCCCAAAUGGGCCCAUGACAAGUUCAGUGGAGAAGAGGGAGAGAUUGAGGAUGAUGAAAGUGGGGCAGAGAACCGGGAGGAGAAGGACAGCCUGCAGUCCGCAGCCGAGUAGCCCCCAUGCCUGCAUGUCCCCAGAGAGCCCUGGCAUGGGGAGUGGUGGGGGCUGGGGGCAAGAUCCAGCUGAUAGUGUUGGAGAUGGCCAGGGGACACUGACAUGCUGACCAUAGCCAGAGGCAAGCUUAGAAAUUGUCCCAGGUUAACUGUGGCUUCCAAGUUCUGCUUCUGAGAAUGUGGGCUAAAACCA